CUAACCUUCGCUCUCCCACCGCCACUCCUCUCACACAUCUUCUCCCCUCUCCAUUUCAAUGACUCCAACUACUGCUGAAACUCUAAACUCCAACCCUAACGAAACCUGGACCCUUGUCACCCGCCGCCGCGGCAAACACAUUACUAAUCCCGCCUACCGAUCCAAAACCCCGACCCAAUCCUCAAAAUUCGGAACUCCAUCUUCGUGGACCCCGACGGACUCUUCUUCUGAUCCCCCGAGAGAAUCUAAACUCCUCCGCCAAAUGCAAUCCGCUAUCCGCCAACUCGAAACCUCUCAAUUCGUCAGCCGCUUCCUCUCCCGCCUUCGAGACCCCAAGAUCCAGGAAGGAUUUAACAAACUUCUCGCAUCCGGUUCCCCGAUACAGAUUGUGGCGUACGGAAUAGGAAGCAUCGAGUCAUACAAGGUGCCGCGGUUGCAGCUCGCCCUAGCUCUCCUUCUGAAGAAGGAGCUCGGCGUGAGAGCCGCUGGGCCGAUCGAAGUGUUUGACCCUGUUCUCUCUGCGGUGGAGUGCGCCGUGUUGGAGGCGCUUGGCUGUAGACUUAUUGUUGUGGAUGAGUGUGGACGGCGGGAGACGGCGGUACCUACGAUUUUCUAUAUGCCGCAUUGUGAGGCAGCGCUUUAUGAUAAUCUACUGGAUGCAAAUUGGAAACCCAUGAUGUUGAGGAAGAUGGUGGUGCUUGGUAAUAGCUUUGGCGUUUAUGAGCGGUAUGUGAGCGAGAUGAGAGGGGUCUGUGGGUCUGUCUCUCUUGAAGUGGAUGGAAGGCAUUUGCUUGGGAUCAGGAGGUAUGUGCGGGAGAUGGAGAUGGAGGAGAGGGAUAGUGAUCGAGAUAUUAAGGAAGAUGAGGAGGAAGAUUUGUUUUAUAAGGCUUUUCACGAUAUGAGCUGGCAUUUCUUCGAGCUUGAUGAUGCUGCUGACAUGGAGCUUCUUUGCAAAUGAAUUCGAAGGUAACUUGUUCCCGGCUUACGUUCUGGUUAAAAUUAAAUCUUGUGAGCAAUAAAGGAUUGCUUGUUGGUUUCUUACAAAUGUAAGGCCAGAAAGUCUAUGAAAUGGAAGACCGUGUAGGAUAUGAAAUGGAAGAAGCAAUUAUAUUUUUUAUGCAAUGAUGAUUUGUUGUUUUUUUA